AGCCGCCCUGGCUCAACACGGUCGCACGGAACGUGCCGUGCCGGUCGCCGUCCGGCUGGCGCGAGCUGCCCUCCCUGGCCGCGUGGGGGGAACGGGCCACCGGCAUGCCAUCCCCCGCUCCCCCCUCUGCCCCUCCCUCACCGAUGGAACGCGCUUGCCCACUCCCGGGGGCCGUGCUGCGCUUGAUGGCGUGGGCGGCGGCGGCGCCGGGCGGGCCGGGCCGGGGCGGGCGGGCGGGCCCCGGCAGCCGCCGGAGCCGGAGCCCGAGCGGGCGGAGGAGGCCUGCGCGGGCUCGGGGAGCCCGUGUGUCGAUCUGGCCGGUGGCAGCCACGCGGACGACCAGUCGGCGGACGAGUCCACCCGUGCAGGCGUCCGGAGCGUGAGCAAGAGGAGGCACAGGGAGGCGUCCAGGCAGCCGUCCGAGUCCUACACGACCUCGUGGAGCACCUCGCUCGAUCUGGCUGGGGAUCGGAGCCUGCUGGUGCCGGUGAGGCAGCACGUCCUGUACGGAGCUGGCCUACCCUGGCCAUAUAUUUUGAGUGGGAUGUUCAGGGAUCUUCUGAGGGGGAUGGUUUAUGUCUUGGCUUUUCCAGGGCUGCUGAUCUUUAUGUGUGUUUGCGUCGCAAUCCGGUGCUUGAAGCACACACACUGUUUCCGCAAGGCAGAGCCAAGUCGGUUACUCAGGCUGAGGAGACAAGUUCUCACGUGGAACAAGGCCGCCAUCAUGCGACGGACAGUUUGCUCGUUCAUCCUGCUGUGGCCUCCCGCGUAUCAGAUCUACAAGCAAGAGGACUCAAGUAUAUGUUCGACCGCUGAUGUGUUACGUCCUUGUCUCUUGCUUGCCUUUGGAAUAAGCUACACACAUCGCGCGCGAAAAUUCGUCAGCCGAGUGAAAGCGGCGGUCGCAGCUUACCAGGAUCCUACAGAUGUCGCAACGUCCUCGUCUCGCUACUCCGCCGUGUCACCAGCUCUCCGUCUCAGCGAGCAGCAUGGAAAAGGUGAAGUGUGUGAGGAUCAGUCAGCGCAUCGUAUUAGAGACCAGAUGAAGUUCAAGGGCUACAAGUCAGGUCUAGACUGGCCAUCGUGGGACGAACAGCCAUACUGUAGCAUUUCUCUCAAAGGUUUCGUAAUCGCUGCAACGGGUGCGCUCGUGCCUCAGUUGGGUAAGGUGAUUGAAUCUCAUUUGAUUGGUCACCAUCUUUUGGCUUCUCAUAUCAGCGUCCCGCAAAGUAGCUUAGAUGUCCUUGCAAUUGUAACAAAUAUGAUCGCGACUUUCUUUAUUUGGAAGAACUUGGUGUCCCAUGGGACUUGGUGCUUAUUAGCGUCGAAGCAGCAAACAAUCAACAAGAAAGUGUUCUGUGCCCUUACAUCUAUUGAGCAGCUUGAACAAUUGCACGACAUGGUGUGCAUAGAUGCGUACGGUCAUGCCAGAGACGAACCUUGUACAGCGUGCGCUGGCUGUAAGCUCUUCCCCAGAAUGAUAGUCACGACGUUUCGCGGCUUGACAGUGUGGUAUAAUUUGAGGAAGCGCGUUUCCUACAACUGGGUGUAUCCGCGGGUGCAGACUGAAGUUUUUAUGUCUGCCAGCUGCUUGAUGUGCCUCUGUGAGUUCACCCUUGUUGUCUGGAAGUUCAUUGCCGUUUCGCACAUGAGCGACGCACAGGAAGACGGGUACAAGCUCGGUGCAAUGUUGAGCUCAUUUUUAUCUAAUCCGGCCCGGCGGCGGAUUUUCUGCCCUCGUUCUCGGAAUACUGAACGCGCGUCUCGUAUUGGACAGCGUGGUCCGGAAUGAUAUGAUGGAUGCGCACGUGAAAGAAAUCGAGCGAGAAUGUGAGUUUUUGUACCGAGGGGCCAGUGUCGGAUUGUCACCUGAAUCCAGAGUGGAUUUUAUGUUGUAUCUCGACUUUAUAAAGGAUCGGGUUUCGAGCGACGACUUGAAAGACAAGCUGUUUGGAGUUGUAGUAGAUCGUGGGUUGGGCUUCGUGUGCUUGUUUUCAUUUGUCGCGGCUGCUGGAAGCAUAGGUCAAGAACUCGCCUUGUCUUGGUAGAGCGACAUUCGAGCACUAUUUGCGCAAUACUGCGAAUACCCAGAAAGCUGGCUCAGUGUCUUCUUGCAGAGGCGCUCUGGCCCGUGCCGCCGAUCUGUCGUGCAACGGGGGACGGUUCUUCGUCGGGAUGGAUGGGGCUGUCUUCUAGGCGCCCUGGGGCGGCCUGAAGAGUCCUCGGGGCGCGACGGCGUCGCCUCCCGCCCGCUCGAGCGCGAGCGGGCGUGCGGCCAGGCGGUCGUCGGAGGCAGGCGGGGGCCCCUGCGGUCGCCGGGCGGCGAGGGGUGGCUGCCUGCGGCCGUGGGCCUCUGGAGAGCGCGGUCGAAGAGAGGGAAAAUGGCUCCCAGCAAGCGGGG